GUGGGCACAGGUGGGUGGCACUGGUGGGCACAGGUGGGUGGCACUGGUGGGCACAGGUGGGUGGCACUUCUGGGCACAGGUAGGUGGCACUGCAGAGUGGCACAGGUGGGUGCACUGCUGGGCACAGGUGGGGGCACUGCUGGGCACGGGUGGGCGGAGCUAGUGGGCGCACUGCUGGGCGGAACUUGCGGGUGUCACUGCUGGGCACCGAUCAUCAGGGCACUGAUCAUCAGUGCCCUGAUGAUCGGUGCCGAUCCCCGCUCUGAGAACUGCCGGUUCUCGGCAGUACUUUCCUCACGAUCUGACAGCGUGAGGAAAGUGCAGCCGAGAACCGGCACUUGC